AACGACGACAACGACGAAUCCACAGAUUCUGGCCAACUUAGCGAACAUAACCAAAAAUCAGGUUUAAAUAGCGAACACCGGAAAAGCAAAACAUGAGUUUUGCGAAUUGUUUAACCGGUAUUCUCCGUCGGGGAAUUAAGCCAGCUUUUGCAUCCUCUAGUGUAUUAUUACCUCAACAAACUCGGAAUACGUUUAUCCUAAGGCGAAAGUAUCCAUUAAAGCUUCAUCAUAAAGAUGGAAAGCCCCAAAGAUUCCGAUCAAAAAAUUGGAUCUAUGAAUUGGUGGAAGACACUAAUCUCAGACCGGUCAAGCCCAUUAACGUGAUUUUGACUUCCUACGUGCCCAAUAUCGGUAAUAUAGGAGAGAAACUCACAAUGAAGCCCCAUGCUGCUUAUAACAAACUCUUACUUCCUGGAUUGGCGGUUUAUGAGACUCCUGAGAAUUUGACGCUGUACAAAGAAGCCAUAGAGAAAGCACAAAGUGAAAUGCCUGAGUGGAGCUCCAAAUGGGCGCCAAGAACAAGAGACAUACUCUCAACGUUGCUUCUCAGUGUUAUAGUUUCCAAAGAUAAUUCUUGGACUCUUCAGAAAUUUCACAUUAGAGCAGCUUUCAGAAAAAUAAAUAUUCACGUUCCUGAUCACGCCAUAACAAUGCCUAAAUAUGAGAUCACGGGCCCUGAUCUUGACAAACAGAACAAAGAGUUUUAUGUCGUUGUUACGAUAAACAACAGAGAGAAAGUCAAUGUUAGAUGUAGGCUCCAUCACUUCACCACCAAGGAAAAUGAGAAACUCCCUUACAAUGAUUACUGGAAGAAAUCGGAACCUGCCAUUUUCCAUGAGGAUCAGGUUAUUCUAGAUUCUAUGCCUGGUCACAGACAGUGGAGCAAUGAAAAUACCGCUACAAAUGUAUAGUUUAUCUUUUGCUAAUAAAUUUUAAAGAUACCACAAAGAA